AUCUCUCUCUCCCCAGCAGUUGCCAACGCUUCGCGUGCGUGCGCAAUGGACCCACAGUAGCCUACUUUCUCUCCUCCUGGUUGAAUAUCAAACCCUGUUAAUUUUCGAAAGUCGAAUAGCAGCCUAGUGCUCAAUUUAAGUAUUUAACGGCACACGAACAACUUCUUAGAAUAAAAAUGUUAUUCCUUUACCUUAUAAGGAAUAAGUUAUCACCUUCAUCCUCAAGUCUGGUGACAUGGACAACCAUAGCCUAACAUUAGCCACAUAGGCAGUCGCAGGAGACCAGGCCCACACUUUACCAGACACACAGCAACAGCUUGGACCUAAAGAGAUGGACACAUUUGGCAGUAAGUUGGAGCAGAAGGCUCAGAAGCAACCUAAGCAGAAGAAAUCCAACUCGGCUGAAUUUCUGAUGGGGGAAGAGGAGGAGAGAAAAACUUUGGAGGGCAUCGAAAACCCUGCCUUCUGUGGCGACGGCAUGGGUGCUGAGGGUGGUGGUAGCCGUGGCGACAGCGGAGGUGGUGGUGGUGGUGCCGGCGUUGGCGGCUCGCAGGAUCCUUCGUGGGCCGUUCGGCCGACAGUGUGGAGAGAGAUGCGAGGUGACAGGCAGGAUAGCACCCUUGCAGCUCAGCAACAACAAACGAAGCUGCAAGGGCCUGCCAAUGCAAGAGGAAAUGAACGUGCCCGAAAUUACUUUGACCCGCAGUCGUCGGCAGAAGCCAACCCAAGGCGGUUCGGGACAGCAGAGGCCAGUGCGGAAGAUGAGCUGGAAUUAAAGUUCCUAAAUGAGGAUGAGAAGACGCUUUAUCACAAACUAUCCCAGAUGCUUAGUGAGGAUGACGCUUCAACCAUCAUAGAUUUGCCAGGUACAGUGCUGCCCAGCGGAGGCGAGGAGGCCCAGGAGACGCGUGCGGUGGCGGUGGCUGGGGCCUGCGGCUCUGUCCCGGCUGCGAGCAGAUGGAGGGAUGGCCUGAGGCGGGAGGCGGAGGAGGGGAGGGAGGAGGUGAUCCCUCGCUACGUGGAGCAGCUGAGGGAGCGCGUGCAGGAUGACAUGAUCCCGCUUGGCUGUCUUUCUCUGCAGCAGGAGGCGAACACAGGGAAAGGAGGGAUGUCACCGGAGAGGGAGUGGGCGAGGAAGCGAGGACUAAUGGCCUUCUUAAGGGAGAAUGCAAAGGUACUGAACUGUGUCCAAAAAAAGGGAAGAUUACUCGAGGAGUCAGACUGCCAGGGACAAAAUCACCAAGAGGAGACAAUACUACAGGACAAGCUUUAUGCAUCAUUUCAACGAGCGGAGGGACGCUUGCUGAAGGCACUACGUGAGCAAAGAGGGGAAGUCAUCACCAAAUAUGGACAGCUCACUGCUGCCACAGCGAUGGAUGAGCUGCCACAUUCCUCACCUAUGGAGCCAGCCCUUCACUGGCAGGUGGAGUGGGCCCACACUCCUCAGCCCAUUGAGGUGCGUCUGCAUGGCCUGCGCGCGGUGCGGGACAAGCUGCCCAGGGGCCAGUACGCGGUGAGCGUGGCCUUCCACAGCCAGCUGGGCGGCCCUGCCCUGUGCUGGUCCCGCCUGAAGGAGAGCCAGUGGGCCAGCACCACCACCACGGAGCCCGUCGAGCACCGGGGCCGCUUCUACGACACGGAGCUGAACAUUAACCAGAGCAUCUACGCCGUGCUCCCGGCGCCCUGUGAUGUGCUGCCCUGCUCCGUCCUCCUCUUCCGGCUGCUGUCCCUGCCGGGCGAGUGCAGCCAUGUAAGCGCCGUCGUCAGCUGGGCCGCCUUCCCUGUCUGCGACGCCUCCCUCCGCAUUGUCCAGGGCAAGUUCAAGAGCCCCUUCCUCCGUGGACGUCCUGACCCCAACAUUGACCAAUUCCGCAAGAUCGAAAGCCUCGUGUCCACUGACGUGGACAACUGGCUGUGCAAUCUGUAUUUCCAGGUGAAGAAGCUCCCUCGAGGCAGCCAUGGGGUUCCGGAGCGCAGCGUGGCCCUGCACAUCCCUCCCCAGACCCAGCCAUGCUCCAGCGAGAGGCCGGCCCCCUCCUCCUGCUCCUCCACAUCUGAGCCAGGCAAGAAUUCCUCUGGAAUGCUCCCAAUCCCUGGGCGUUCGGAAGAGAAAAGUGAUCCCUUCACAGCCAAAGCCAAGCCUGGAACGCAGCACAAGGGCAUGAAACAGAAGAAGCCAAUCAACAAGAUAAAUAGCUGGAGCACCAGUUGGAGAGGGAGCCCGGUACCUCCUCCUCCUCCUCCUCCUCCUCAGCUCCAGCCUCCCGCUCUGCAGCCACGCAAACAGGAGGCGCACUGGAGACUCGUCACCGAGGAGCUAGAGGAGUACACGUUCUCCCUGCAACCACAGCACCCCAGCGGUGUCGGCGGUGUUGGCGGUGGCUUGGCGGCAGAGCGCGGCCGUCUGGCCCUGCGUCUGCUACCGUGUGAGCUGGGCCUGACGCCGCGGAGACACUGCUGUGCCCGGCUGCUGCAGCUCGGCCUCAUUAUCCCGCUGGUGGCUUUGAUGUGGUUCAUACGGCUCUACCUGCAUUACUGCAGCCAGUGGCUCUUCCUGCAGGCCAUUGCAGUUCCUGUCAACAAAUUCCAAUUCCACGCUCACACAGUGGAGCUGGUCUACCAGAAUUCCUUGCUUCAUACCCGCGAGGAGCUGGCCAUGGUAGUGCUUGGCCCUCUGACCUUGAACGCGGUUACGUUGCUUCUGCUGCUGAUCAGAUGGGCCUGUCAGCUGCUGUUUGCCUCACUGCCAUCCUUCUUGUCAAAGUUUAUCAUGGCGCUGGCUGUGUGGACACUGCUCGACCCUCUGGCGGUCUUUGUAGUGGACGCCAUCCUGGGGCGUUUGGCCUACAGUGCCGAUCACCCAGUGGGCGAUGCUGCCAAGCUCUACUGGCACCUCCUCAAGACGGAGCAGUCAGGGGCAGCGGGCAUCAUCGUCACCCUCUUCCUCUACGCCGUCCACUUCCUGCUCUCCCUCACCAUCCUCUACAUAUACUUCAUCAGGCUCCACAAUGAUGGCCGUGUCUUGGACGUAUACCAACGCCUCCACAGUCCUGAAGGGUCUUUCUUCGUCCCUCAAGAUCUGGAAGUGUCCAAUCAGGAACUGAACUACAUCAUCAAGAAAGCUGAGCAGUGGAGGGGAUUCAAUGGGGAAAGGCGCAAGGUGGCAGUGUACGACUACAUCUGGACGGAGGAGGAGCCUGGAGCGAUGAGGGGUGGGCCGGACCCCCCCGGGGCUACUACGCCUGCGGGGGAAGGCGGCGGCGGAGAGCGCAGCACCCACGUGUCCAUCUACACGCUGCACCUGAGCGGCCUCAGACAGCGCUACAGGCACUUCCUUAGGCAGCCCGAAGGGGCCAUCGUGGAGGUGAUAGGUGACAUUGAUGGUGUUCCACAUAUGGACGAUGAGGCGUCUCAGCCAGGACAUAGGAUGGACAAGGAGGAAGAGGAGGAACAUGGAGCCAGCUCCUCACAACAGCUCAGAGAGAGGAAGAGGAAGAAGCCCUUUUUCCGUUCUCACCGAGUUGAGCCUGUGGGCGGAAGCAUGUGCGACUCCACACUGCAAGACCUCCCUCACUGAUGCUCUAUUGGGUUCUCUGUGUACAGUACAGUACCUUGCUGCUGCCAGGGCCUCCUGACACCCAGGUCAACUUACUGUAGGUGUUGUGUAUUUAACACUCACUAAUUGUUCAAUCCGGUCUCAGUUUAGUAGGGUAUUCCUCAGAAAGGGCCUCGCUACAUUUCUGAAGUCAUCAACAUUUUCAACACAGUAAAGUUGUACAAACAGCACUACAUAAUGAGAAAUGUAAAAUGAUAUCCUGGAAGUGUAUCACCUGUUUUCAAACAUGUUUUUUGCUGCUGACUAAACUCAUUGUUGUAUGAUAUGUCUGAGUACAAACUGUAAAAGCCUUUAUAUCUCAGUUGUUACACCACUGUAAACCUAUAAUGCUGAAUGCAUACUUUAUUAAAGGUACUUAGGCUGC